AUGGCAACCCUCACCCUCGCCCGCUGGGCCGUCGCCCUCGAACCCACCAGCCUCCCCCCCUCCGUCCUCAAAGCCGCCCAACGCUCCCUCUACAACUACAUCGGCUGCGCCAUCGGCGGCUCCAAUCACCCAACCGUAACAAAAGCCCUCUCGGCCCUCUCCCUCUUCUUCGGCCCCCCAACCUCCACCCUCCUAGGCCACUCGCAACCCACCAGCAAACCCGACCCCCAGCCCACCAAAACCGACGCCCAACACGCCGCCCUCCUCAACGGCAUCGCAAGCCACGUCCACGACUACGACGACACGCACCUCGCGACGAUAAUCCACCCCACGGGCCCCGUCGCAAGCGCCCUCCUAGCCUACGCCGAACUCCACCCCACCCCCAUCUCCGGCCUCGACCUCCUCACCGCCCUCACCGCCGGCAUCGAAGCAGCCUGCAAACUCGGCCUGGCCCUCUGGCCCACGCACUACGACGUCGGCUGGCACAUAACCUCGACGACCGGCUCCGUCGGCGCCGCCGUCGCGGUCGCAAAACUCAUGAACCUCUCCGUCCAAGCCACCGCGCACGCCAUCGGCCUCGCGGCCACGCAGGCGACGGGUUUGCGCGAGAUGUUCGGCUCCGAUACGAAGAGUUUCCAUCCGGGCCGCGCGGCGCAGAAUGGGUUGCUCGCGGCUGUGCUCGCGCAGCGGGGGUUUACGUCUUCGACGGCGGCGCUGGAGGCGCGGCGGGGGUGGGGCAAUGUGCUGGUUUGCGGGAGCACGCCGCGGCUGGAGGAGUUUGUGGGGCAGUUAGGAGUCGUGUGGGAGACGGAGCGGAAUGCGUUCAAGCCGUUUCCCUGUGGGAUCGUGUGUCAUCCGGGAAUGGAUGGGGGGAUUCAACUCCACUUCGAACUCGCGCAAAAGGCCUUGAAAGUCGAGGAUGUCGAGAAAGUCGAGUUGAGGGUUCAUCCGCUUGUGCUGGAACUCACGGGCAAGAAAACCCCCCGCGACGGCCUCGAGGCGAAAUUCUCCGUCUUCCACGGCGUCGCCGUCGCGCUCCUUUACGGGAAAGCCGGACCGGCGGAGUACGCCGACGCGGUCGUGCAGGAUCCCUCUGUCAUAUCCCUCCGGAAUAGAAUCUCCGCGACGGCGGACGAGAGUCUCGGGGCGGACGAAUCGUAUGAGGUUGUGGUGCUCAAGGAUGGGAGAAGGUUGGAGAAUCAUGUGAGACAUGCGGUGGGGAGUUUGGAGGUUCCUAUGAGCGAUGAGCAGUUGAGGGGGAAGUUUGUGGAUCAGGUGGGGCCGGUGUUGGGGGUGGAGGGGGCGAGGAGGGCGAGUGAGGUUGCUUGGGGGGUUGGCGAGGUGGAGGAUGUCAGGGGGUGGGUUGGGAGGUUGUCGUGA